UUCCGUGGCUCCGUCACUUCCUCUGCGGAGAAGGCUCGAGAGGAGACGGUUUGGCGCUGCUAGCAACCGUGACCGGUGUCCAGGGCUCCGAGGCAGGAGGAUGAGCGACAGCGGGGAGCAGAACUACGGCGAGCGGGAGUCCCGUUCCGCUUCCAGAAGUGGAAGUGCUCAUGGUUCCGGCAAGUCCCCAAGGCAUUCGCCUGCUAGAUCUAGGUCCAAGGAAGGUUCAAGGCGAUCUAGGUCGAAGUCUAGAUCAAGAUCUGAAUCUCGUUCCAGAUCAAGGAGGAGUUCUCGCAGGCAUUAUACAAGAUCACGUUCACGUUCUCGAUCCCACAGAAGGUCAAGAAGCAGAUCUUACAGCCGCGACUAUCGGCGCCGACACAGUCACAGCCAUUCUCCUAUGUCUACUCGUCGGCGUCAUGUUGGCAACAGAGCAAAUCCUGACCCAAACUGUUGUCUUGGUGUAUUUGGAUUAAGCCUGUACACAACAGAAAGGGAUUUGAGAGAGGUAUUCUCCAAAUAUGGUCCAAUUGCUGAUGUUUCUAUUGUAUAUGACCAGCAGUCUCGACGUUCUAGAGGAUUUGCCUUUGUGUACUUUGAAAGUGUUGAUGAUGCUAAGGAGGCAAAAGAACGUGCCAAUGGAAUGGAGCUUGAUGGGAGAAGAAUCAGAGUUGAUUUCUCUAUAACAAAAAGGCCUCAUACACCUACUCCUGGAAUCUACAUGGGAAGGCCUACUUAUGGUAGUUCCCGACGGAGAGAUUACUAUGACAGAGUUUAUGAAAGAGGCUAUGAUGACCGUGACUAUUAUAGCAGAUCAUAUAGAGGAGGCGGAGGCGGUGGAGGAGGAUGGCGAGCUGCCCAAGACAGGGAUCAGAUGUACAGGAGAAGAUCACCAUCUCCGUAUUACAGCCGAGGGGGCUACAGAUCUCGCUCUCGGUCUCGAUCCUAUUCACCUCGUAAGUAA